CUUCCUCUCAGUGGUUUGUGUCAAAUGUCUCUCACUGCGGUCUGAAGUACUGCUGGCAUCUCAGUGUAUUUGUGGAAAAAAAACAAGAAACCUUCAUGUGAAAGCAUUUUAACCAAGAGAUCAACAUGAAGAUCAUUCAGCUUCUAAUCUAUCUGUUCAUAUUGUGUCAAACUGUAGAGACUUUGGAUCAACUCACAGAUUUGGGUCAAAAUGUGACUAUAAACUGUGAUCUGGAUGAAGAAGAGAUUUAUUGGUUAUUACUGAAAACAGCAGAUCCUCCUGUGAUGAUAUUACGCACUUUAUCAUCAACAGCUUUUCUCUUCAACAAAACAUUCAGACACAAAUAUUCACUUCAAUCUAAAAAUCAUCUGUUUAUAAAUAACAUCACUAUUGAUGAAUUAGGAGUUUAUUACUGUAUGAAGAAAGAUACACCUCCAAAAUUCAGCAGUGGCACCAGACUACAUGUAAAUGAGGACUCAUCAGUUCAGAUUGAAGUUGAUGAUAUUCAUCAGAAUCAUACAGUAGUCAAAUAUAUUGAACCGAAUCAAACACAAUGGAUGAUUUUUAUUCUCAUAUCUUUUCUAUUAAAUGCUCUUCUGGUCAUUGUGAUCAUUGCUUGUGUGUGUUAUUACUGUAGAGAAAACACAAAACCUCAAGAUAAAAGAUUACAACAGAGUCAGUUUGUGUCUCCAGAUCAACUUCAAGAGUCAAAGAGCUUUACACUGUACACUGCUGUGAGCUUUUCCUCAUCAUGAAGCGUCUGAACACAGUCGAGUCAACUCUGACAUCUUGUGCUUAAUUUAAAGAUGUGCUUGAUCCUGUUGGUUGUAAAAUGUUAAUAA